UUUUGUUCAUUUAGUAGAUAAAAACCAUGGACACAGGCAACGUGUUAGCGUCUCAGCUUCAACCCGGUGUAUCAGUAAAACCAAAAGUUGACGAAAACGAAGUCAAAAAUAUACUAAGCAGUAUUUAUGGCUUGAACUGUGUUUCAAUAAAACAGCUCAACGGGUACGACGACUUCAAUUUCCACGUUAAAGUUAGUGACAAGUGCGAUAAUAAAAAUAUAAAGAAAGUAAACAAAGAUGGUUACAUUUUAAAAAUCAUAAAUUCUUUGGAUUCGCAAAGACCGCAAUUUUUUGAAGCCCAAAAUGAAGUUCUACGUUUCUUGGGGAAAACUUCAAUUUGCUGCCCGCAACCGGUUCAAAGUAAAAAUGGAGAGUUUAACAUCAUUCGGACUUUUUCAAGUGGGAAACACAUAGUUCGCUUGCUGGAAUUCAUCACUGGUUCAAUUUUACAGCAAGUGCCCAUUUCAAUGAAACUGUUUUAUAAGGUUGGAAAAUUCGCUGCGCAACUGGAUCAAGCAUUGAAGAAAUUUCAUCACCCGGCGUACGAUUGCAUCAAAUCUGCUUGGCAUUUGGAGUCAGCUCCGCAGUUAUCACAAUUGUUGUAUGUCAUAACUGAUAAGGCUAAGAAAACGAUUAUAAGCGAAGUGUUCGAAGAAUUUCCGAAACGAGUUUUAGCGGCUAAUUUGGAGAAAGGGAUAAUUCAUGGCGAUUUCAAUGAGCAUAACAUUUUGGUCGACGAGAAAGACAACGAAUUUUACGUUAAAGGGAUUUUAGAUUUUGGCGAUACUCACGUUAGUUGUUACAUUUUUGAGCUGGCAAUUACUAUGGCUUAUUUGAUGAUCCAGGGAAAAAGCAUCGAAGCUGGUGGUUAUGUGUUAGCAGGGUAUAACUCGGUUAGAAAAAUUUCUGAUGAAGAGUACAAUUUGUUGAAGAUUUGUAUAGCAGUCCGAUUGUGCCAAUCUCUAGUUAUUGGAGCGUAUUCAAGCAUGAACGAUCCUGACAACCCUUAUAUUUUAAUAAGUGCAAAAGGAGUAUGGGCUUUACUCUCCGAUCUUUGGCCUAAGCCUGAAAGUGAAUUGUUGGAGGUCUGGAAGAAAAUUGUUGACGAAACUGCUGAUUGGUCUUAGCAGUGAAACAUAUUGUUUAAAUUGUAAAUAAAGUAGCACACAAGUUAAAAGAAAAAACUUUAUUCGUCAUUUUCGCACAAACAAUGUUUUAAAUUUUAGUUUAAAAGCAACGUUUUAAGUAGAUUCCUUGGGAAAAUUUAAAAUGGAAUGAUUACGUAAGGAAUACAAAUGAAUAACUAACCUAAGAGAUAAUACGAUAAUAAUAGUAACAAUAAAAAUUGCUAUAAAUUUCUCCACUGAA